CAGACUAUUGUCAGUGGGCAUUAAGUUCGAUGAUGAAGUUCAAGCUUUACUACUGCUAUCGUCUUUACCUAAUAGUUGGUCCGGAACGGUUACAGCAGUUACCGGUUCAGUGGGACCCGAUGAAUUCACCUUUGAUCAGAUUCGAGAUCUCGUUCUUGGCGAGGAUGUCAGAAGAAAGAGUUCACGGGAGUCAUCUGGUGAAUUGCUUCAUGUUGGUAGAGGCAGAAGAUAUAACAGAGGUAGUGGGAGCAGGAACAGACAAAGGUCAGUCAGCUUCUGAGCACUGUCGAGUCCACAUUGCACGACCUUCACGUUCCUCCAUCCCCGGUGAAGCAUUGCAGAAUCUGGAUAUUAGAGACUUUGGAAAGGUACGACUAGCAGACGACAAAGCUCUUGAUGUGACAGGCAUGGGGGACAUAGUGUUGAAGACCCCAGUCGGUUUCUGGACUUUGAAGGAUGUCAAAGUUGUUCCAGCCUUGAAGAAAAGUUUGAUUUCUGUCAGGCAGUUGGACGAACAGGGACACGAGGUGAAGUUCAGAGAUGGGCAGUGGAAGGUCAUGAAGGGAAAUCUUGUCAUGGCCCGUGGAAGGAAGAGAGGUUCGUUGUAUAUGGUCGAGUUACCAUCUGAGGGAGUGACCGUCCCAGUUCAGAAGAAAAACGAAGUCCGGUUCACAGAGUCUCGUGGGCAGAAUAAGGUUGUCUGUGCAAGAGAGAAACCUAGAGCCAUUGGUCACACUCAGGAUGAACGAGCAUGGAAAGGUUCAAGGAGGCUCGUCAAAGGUAUUUGUGGCAGUGGGAGCUCAAGAUGCGCUUCAGCCAAGUUGCCUAGAAGACAGUGGGUCAGGAGAACCAGUAUUCCAGCUGUUGGAACAUCUCCAGAAAAUUUCUUGCUGAGUACGGAGAUUGUUUGUUCUCAGGAUGUUCCCGGAUCCGGCAGUGUGCGUCUGCAGUGGGAGCCGGUAGGGACCAAGGACGAGUCAGGGGCAGAUUUUGCCGUGACUGAUGUGUUGGAGCUUAGGAGAGCUUCAACGGGCCUUUCAGUUGUCUGAUGAUAGGGCCGCUGCAAUAGGAGAGCUGAGGAAGAUUACUCGAUGUACAGGAAAUCAUGGUGGAUGGCAGUUGAUGACUAUCAAGCCUCCAAGUGGGAGAAUGUUGGGUUUGUGGAGGCUUGGGCUUGACUUUUGGCCCGGCCCAUUUUACGAAAUCCUAGAUGCACUCUUCCUAUAUAUAUUGCAUACUUGUACUUGUAAUUGGCACCACAAUUUAAAUAAGAAAAUCCUCCUGUUGUA